UGGGAGUUGACUAGAGCUUUCAGACUAAGCAUUUAUUGACCCACAACAGCCACCCCUAAUCGUUCCCUCAAUUUCUGUUGGGAAUUUUUUCUAGUUUUAUCACUCCAGUAUAGUUUGAGAUAGCAAGAGCUGUUGAAUGGGGGAUUCACUGGAAAGGCUGGGGUCGGAGGCCGUGGCAUCGAUCGGGUUAGACUCGAGCAUGAAGGCUGACCUUUGCAUGGAAAUCGACCCUCCGUUCCAGGAAAAUGUUGCCACCGCCGACGAUUGGAGGAAAGCCCUGAACAGAGUCGUACCUGCUGUCGUUGUUUUGCGAACUACGGCUUGCCGGGCUUUUGAUACUGAGUCGGCCGGUGUCGGCUCCGCCACUGGCUUUGUUGUUGACAAGCGUCGGGGAAUCAUUCUUACUAAUCGUCAUGUUGUGAAGCCUGGACCCGUAGUAGCAGAGGCUAUGUUUUUGAACCGUGAAGAAGUUCCUGUGCAUCCGAUCUACAGAGAUCCAGUCCACGAUUUUGGGUUCUUUCGCUAUGACCCUGGUGCUAUACAGUUUUUGAACUAUGAGGAGAUACCUCUUGCUCCAGAGGCGGCUUGUGUUGGACUAGAGAUUAGAGUUGUUGGUAAUGAUAGUGGUGAGAAGGUCUCCAUUUUGGCUGGUACACUCGCUCGUUUGGACAGGGAUGCUCCUCACUAUAAAAAGGAUGGGUAUAAUGACUUCAAUACUUUCUAUAUGCAAGCUGCAUCCGGCACGAAGGGAGGAUCAAGUGGCUCCCCAGUUAUAGAUUGGCAAGGCAGAGCAGUUGCCUUGAAUGCUGGGUGCAAAACAUCAAGUGCAUCAGCAUUUUUUUUCCCUCUAGAGCGGGUUGUGAGAGCUCUAAGGUUUCUUCAAAAGGGUAGUGAUGCUAGUUUAGGUAAAUGGAAGGCAGUUUCUAUACCUCGUGGUACCCUCCAGGUGACAUUUCUCCAUAAAGGAUUUGAUGAGAUUCGUCGUCUUGGCCUCCAAAGUGAGACAGAGCAGAUAGUGCGGCAUGCUUCUCCAGCAGGUGAAACUGGAAUGCUUGUUGUGGAUUCUGUGGUGCCAGGUGCCCAG